UGGUGAUGGGGGCGGGCUCCUCCUGAAGUCCACUGUCGCCGUUUGUGGGUCCCAAGACAAAAAUCUUGAGUAAGAAGCAAAGUGUGACAAAUAAUUCAUGCAUUUUCUCUUUAUUUUGCCCAGUUGCCAUACAAAUGAACAGCAUAAUGCAGUUUACUGGGGCACUGACAAGUACAGCAAGUCACAGCAAGUGGUCCAACAACACCUCUGGAUUCAGGCCCCCAGAGUUUAAGUUGUUUACAAGUUGGUGGAAAGUUUGGUGGAUUCCGAUCCGUCAGUCGAUUGUGUAUAAAGAGGAGAAUCCAGUGCAGGAGACACAUCACUGCAAUCUUGAAAGUGAGACCUGUUUGUUCAGUUUUAAGUUGUAUUACCUAUAUUAUCUCUGUUAUAUUAUUUACUCACUGAUAUUUGAUUUUCUUAAUGGAUGAAGAGUUAAAUGUAACAUAUAUAACUGUUGAUGGGUACGUGGAUUUGUACAAAUACAGAUAUCUUUAUUUUGUCAUCAUGUUCACAGCUUAUAUUCUAAUAAUCUGCAGUAAUUCUACUGUUGUGUAUCUCAUCUGGAUUCAUCAAAACCUCCAUGAGCCCAUGUACAUUUUCAUUGCAGCUCUGUUAAUCAACUCUCUUCUUUUCAGCACUGCGAUCUACCCAAAGCUGUUGAUUGACUUUUUAUCUGAGAAACAGAUCAUAUCUUAUUCAGCCUGCCUCUUUCAGAGUUUUCUGUUUUACUCUUUGGGUGGUUCAGAGUUCUUACUGUUGGCAGCCAUGUCUUAUGACAGAUAUGUGUCCAUAUGUAAACCUCUGCAGUAUCCAGCUAUCAUGAGGAAAACAACUGUCAGCAUCUUUCUGGCUUUAGCUUGGCUUGUGCCUGCAUGUGAGCUUGUGGCGUCGUUAUCAAUGAGCGUUAAUAGUAAACUCUGCAGCUUCAACCUGAAUGUCAUUUUUUGCAAUAACUCAAUUUACAAACUUCACUGUGUGACCUCAAGAGCUCAGUCUAUUUAUGGUGUGUUCAUUUUGCUAAAUGUUGCACUUUUUCCUGUGCUCUUUGUACUUUUCACAUAUGCAAAAAUAUUUAAAAUAACCUAUCGAAGUAGCAGAGAAGUCAGGAAAAAAGCUGCAGAGACCUGUUUGCCUCACCUGUUGGUUUUGAUCAACUUUUCUCUGUUGUGCACAUAUGAUGUUAUUAUAGUCAGACUGGAAUCUGAUAUUCCAAAAAUUGCACAUUUAAUAUUGACUUUGCAAUUGAUUUUGUAUCAUCCUCUCUUUAAUCCCAUCAUAUACGGACUGAAAAUGAAAGAAAUUUCUAAACAUCUGAAGAAGUUGUUCCGUCGAGACAAAAUGAACUGA